AUGGCUCUCGCGGCUGAUCUAAGUGCGCUUACUGAUGCCUUGAUCGCUUCAGUUGCUAAGAUAUCACCGGAUCAGAAGGGGUCUGCGCGUGCUCAAGGUCUGAAACGUCGGGUACAAGGAGUUCUCCGAACUGGGUCUCAUAACCGCACCGACCAGUUUGCAGUCGCCAAGCAACUCGAGGGACUACAAGAGAAGUUCCAAAUUUUGAAUAGAGAUGAACUUGCAGAGGCUCUUCAUAACCGCCUCGAGGAGCUGGAAUGCAAAUCGCAAUCUUGGCUCCCAGAGAUCUUGAGUUUGUUGCUGCAGCUCUCAGAUCGUCCCGCCCUGUUGUCUACGGUUACCCGUCUGGAGGAAAGAGCCAAGGCACCAGAAGCAGAAGCCAAAGCAAAGGAGUCUCUUUCUUGGUCGGAUCUGGAUGCAGAAGGCACGGCAUUCGGUGAUGAAGAAAUCUGGGAGCAGGUAGAUUUUGCUGGCGACUCAUCAGAUGACGACUUUUCAUCUGUUGUUAGCGAUGUGUCUCUCCCACGACACAGACCCCCAACUGCCACCACAGUGGAAGAAGACUAUGUCGUUCCAGAUGAAAUUUUUGUGCCAAGAGAAGAUGAGGAUCUCGUUGGCUCUUUAGCAAAGGCUCAGUUUUGGAGACCAGAAAAUCACCAUUCAUUGCCCCAAAGAGAGGGAGCCACACGCGUGAUCACGGAGUCUCAAUUUGCCAGAGAGACCAUUUUUAUGCUUCAGGGUCUUCCUACGUCUAUUUUCUUACGCUCAGACGAUGGUAUUAGAGUGGAUCGGAGAUACACUCUUGCACAUUCAUCGAACGAAGCACUGGGAUCGCUCUUGCAGUGUUUCAGCGAGAUAGGCGCUAAGCUCAACAUUGCACGGCGUUUCACGAAGUUAUCACAGACCAUCCCUUAUAUGCAAACAUUUUGUCGGGGAAUUGAAGACCGUCUCCUCGAAUUUGACAGAAUUUUAUCUCAAGUCCAGUGCAAAUACCUUUCCGCCGGGUCAAAUGUCAGCCUCAUCCAGCUUCUUGUUGAUGUCCGUCAACACUCCAACGAGCUAGCAUUGCUCGCAGAAAUGAUCGUUAACCUAGGCAAAAUCUCGACUGAUCAACCAAUGCGUUGUCUUGAUCUUUUAUACGAUCUGAUAUGCAUGCUGGAAGCUCUAGGCGACGAAGGUUCAUCCCGAUCUCUCGCGGACUUAUUCUUUCUGUGCUUCAAAACAUAUUCAAGCUCAAUUCGUCUUUGGAUGGAAACUGGCCAGGUUGAUACUUCAGACAGCACGUUCUUCGUGAGGACUCAAAAUCGCGAGAACGGGGAUUUGCGAACCCUUUGGCAUGACUGGUUUAUGCUUGAUAUGGGCCACAACCGACAGAGGAUCCCCCAAUUCCUUGAGACCAGUGUUCAGAAGGUGUUUACGGCUGGUAAGAGCAUGGUGUUCUUGCGCCAUCUGAAUGCACUACCAGAUACAGUCGACUCCACCGAGGCCAUGAGAUUUGAGGACAUCCAAGAUUCCUCCCUAUCUCUUCCUUUCCCGGUAUUGGUGGAAUCCGCUUUCGAAAAGCUGGUGGAUGUCGAUCAUUCACUCAGUGCUAGCCUUUUACAUACGGAACUCGACCAGCAAUGCGGAUUAUGGACCUCCCUUGACGCCCUUCAACAUGUCUACCUUGGCAAAGACAUGAGCGCCGUAAGCGUGAUUGACGCCAAGACCUUCGAGCUGAUUGAUCGAGGCCGCUCUUGGGAUGACAGAUUCCUGCUCACUGAAAUAUCAAGAACGGCUUUCAGCUCCAUAUCCGUCAUUGACACAUCAAGGCUUCUUGUGCGGCCAGCUAGUACUCCAUCGCGAGACCUAAGCGACCACCGAACUGUCGGGAUUCUCGAAGCGAUUUCAAUCGACUAUGGUCUCCCAUGGCCUAUUGCAAAUAUCAUCACCGAGGAAGCAAUAUACUCCUAUCAACGAAUCUCAACCUUCUUGAUGCAAAUCAGGCGCGCUAAAUACGCCAUUGUGAAACAGCGUAUCACUGCUCCCGACGACAACGACACACUAGUGCAUGCGCUCCACCAUAACAUGCUUUGGGUCCUCGAUUUCAUCUACGGUCAUCUGACCUACCUCGUCAUAUCUACCGCCACCCAGUCCCUAUACAAAGCUUUAUCCGAGGCGCAAGAUGUCGAUGCCAUGAUCGUGGCCCAUCAAUGCUACAUGACCUCUUUAGAAGCACAAUGCCUGCUUUCCAAAGACCUAUCACAUAUACAUGAUGCAAUCAUCAAAUUGCUGGAUUUAUGUGUUCGUUUCGCCGAUCUACAAGUCGCGCACAUGCUCGGCGAAGAUCAAGAUCUGGAAACUCCGAAGACAUCGCGCACAAAGAGAGACCCUGACUACGACUCCGACUCUGAUGAGGAUGAUGAUAUGAACCCAGAACCCACGCUCACGGUCUCAUUCCGCCACUCGACCUACAGUCAGCAGAUGGGAACGGUCAGAAGUCACUUUGACCACCUGACCACUUUCAUCACGGAUGGGCUGAAAAGUUUAGCUCGCGCAGAUGGGCUUCCAAGUUGGGAUAUUCUUGCUGACAGGCUGGAGUGGAGGCAGAAUUGGCGCAGGCAAUAA